CCCGCAGAGCGCAGCCGGCGUCGCCUCCCAAUGGCUGCCCCCGAUCGGCAGUGGCGGAGGUGCACCUGUCGGGGUGCGCGAAGCACCGCCCACUGGAAAAUGGCGCCCGGGCGACGUGGCCGGGCGAGGCACCGCUCGUCCGCCGCAUAUUCUACUCCCCACAAAAGGGCCCAAACCCCCACUUGCUCGCCCCUCCGACCGAACCCGCCUCCACCUUCCGCCCUACAAGAGCACCACCGCCCCCGUCGCUUGCUCCCGCAUCAAUCGAUCCGACCAAAAUCCAGCUCAAAUCCCUCGCCGCCUCGCCGUGCGCCGGCUGGUGCCCGCUGGCCCGCCUCGUUCCUCUCGGUUUCGGAUCGGAGAGAUCGAUUUCCAUGGCCCUGCCUUGUACAGUGGCUAGCUGCCGCUUGCUGUCGCAUCUGUGCAGCUGGUGCAUGUUCCCCCCUCCCAAAUCGUAGUCGCCAAUGGCUCACAAUUUGCCCAUAUCAUUGCUCAGCCACCGCUCCCGUAUCAUCUGAUGGCUUGCUUUGGCCUUGAUUGAUUUUGGCGUCUACCCCGUCUAGGGUUUCAAGCUCAAGCUCCUCCGGGUCGGCGUUUCAGUUCUGCAAGUGGAGGCGGCAAGCUAGAGACAGCAACUGCAUAAUUUGCAAGAAAAUCGUUUUCGGGCCAUACCGAUGAUUUUCUUGCAAGUUGUGCAGUUGUUGUCUCAAGCUUGCUGCCUCCCUUUGCCAGAACUAUGGAAUUCGAACUUACAGUUAAGUAAUGUCACACCAGGUUUGCUAAAAAUAUUAAAAUAGACAUGGUGCAUAGAAAAGCAUGAUUGUCCUACCAGUGGGCUAACUAGAUUAUAUGCUGUCAUGAAAGCACUGAAUUACAUGGAUGCAAUUUUAUUUCGUUGAAUAUAAUCCAUACAAUAACAUGUUGAGAGGACCUGUAGGUAAUAGGAAAUAAAAAAGUGCAAUUUGGUUUUGUUUCCUUUGAAUACUUCAGUUCAAUGAAUUUGUGUCAAGGCGCACCAAAAAAAAGUGACUUGGUGCUAUCAGGUUGAACAUAUAUCUAUACAUCCAACAUGAUGUGUUGUCUUAUGUCAUCUCUAGUUCUCACAAAUGCUUCCAUGAGGUAAAUUAACCUGUUAGCAUGUGAGCUCGUAAAGAAGUAUGAGCUAGAUGCAGAACAGGCCCGGAAACUGGUGAUUAUCUUGCUGGUAGAAGAUUUCAUGUGGCGGUAGAAGGUUGCAGUUGGUCUCAGUUUGAUGCAGAGCUAUCAUUUUGGGUUUAUCUCACAAGUUUCAAUAUAGACUGAAGGAUUUCUUUGCAUUGUACUCCCUCCGUAAAGAAAUAUAAGAGUUAUCUAAACGCUCUUAUAUCGAUAGUUCGCUUCUGCUCCCAGGCUCAUCUGCUCCCGGUCAGAAAAACAUUAAAAACAAAUAGUAGAAAAAUUCAAAAAAAUCCAAUUUUUUUUGUGUGGUAGAUAAUUUGAUGCGUGAGGUUCGCUCCAAAUUUCAUCUUAUUUGGACAUCUGAGCAGCUCUUGGCAAAAAAGACAAAUCGGGUCAGAAAAGUUCAUGAACAGUAGACCUUUUUUACAGACCCAGAUUUGUCUUUUUUGCCGAGAGCGUCUCAGAUGCCCAAAUGAGUUCAAAUUUGGAGCGGACCUCACGCAUCAAAUUAUCUAUCACACAUUUUUUUUUGGAAUUUUUUGAAUUUGUUUACUAUUUGUUUUGAUUUUUUCGUCGGAGCGGGUGCAGAUGAGCUCGGGAGCCAAAAUGCCUCACUCGAUUCACUUUAUGGAGGGAGUAAAACUUUCAGAACAUGGGCGCAGGUACAUGUUUCCUUAGCUCCAUUAUUCCUUCUGAGCUGUCCUGUUGGUCUUACAUUUCAUUUUUUGUCUGAGGUUCAAAGGAGGUUAGGAUUCUGAUAAGAGCUGUACGCACAAGAGCUCUUUCCAAAUGGUUUCCUACAGGAGCAUUCCUACCACAUUUGUUGUUUCUUCUUGGGCCAACAUUUGCAUGGUCUUGCGACCUAUAAUCAUUGAGGUUAUUCUGUAACUGCAGAAUUUAGCAAAGUAUUUGAGCCUUCUUGUAGAAGGGACGACGACCUAUCUUAAGUGGGAAAAUACACUUGUGUUGGUUGAUACUAUUCUAGUUGAGCUUUGAUGUUUAGUUCUGUAGCUGUUCUGAUGGGCCAUUUGAAUGUAAAACAAACGGCGCUGCAGACAGCGCAAUCUUAGGUUCACCUCAAAUAAGCUUCAAGAGUCGAGUAAAUUGCAGUUCAGCUUGAUGCUCACGAACUGUAAGGCCAUUUUGGUCAGCUUGGAUUCAGUUAGUAGUGUUUAUAUCUGUCACGAGUUCUAAUCUGGCUUUGCUAAACCCUACAAUUUGUUUGUUGUCAAGAAUAUCUCUUAUACCAAUACCUUUCGUUGUAUAAAGGCGAUUUCAACCUCUGGUUGCAAGUUGAAGUAGUUGGCUCAACACUUGGGGUUGGCACAGUAUCCAUGCUAUUCACUAGUGAUUUAUUAAGAUUUAUAAGAGUUGGCAGAGAUCAAAAUCUUAUCCAUUUGGUCAGCAGUUGAUCAUCUGUUGUGGUGUUCUGUGUCCAAUGGCUCACAUAUUUUCUUGUCUGAGACCUUGCAACAGUAGUCAGUUAGAGCUGUUUUUUUUUUCUUUUUCUUUUUGCAUCUAAACACACUUUAUUCAUUGAACAAAAUUCAUGGGGAUACAACUUAGAUCAGGGGGAUUUAGAAGCCACUAAUGGCAGCCUAUAUCUAACCACAGACAUGUUUAGUGAGGCUGAGCGUCUUGGAAUUCAUGAGCAGUAGUUCCAAUUUCCUUGAUUAUACUUGCAUAUGUACCUCCAGUAUCACUUCGAAUAUCAUGGAUCACUACCUGGCAGUCAGAGACAGGCCUUGUCCCAAUUUACUUGGGCCGAACUACUAUUACUUUUUAGUUUGGCUGACAACGAGCCUCCUGAGUUGGUAUUAUGAGCCAGCAUGAUUUGCCAAAAAAGGGUAUUGCAAAUCUAUGUUGCUUGAGAUUUUCUUAUGCCCAUAAAUGAUACGCUAAGCUGUCUGCCUGGUCUAAUUCCUCUGUCAAGAUUAAUUCACAUGAUUCUAAGGAACACUGGAAUAUGACAUACACACAAUUGCAAUAUCUUGUCCAUUUGAAUCCUACAAGAUUUUGGUUUGUUUGUCUACAUAACAUUUCAAAACAAGCAUCUAGUAUUCCAAUCCUUUGAAUUUCCCUAAGAGGUUUGAGUUGGCUGAUGAUAUGUUGAUUUUUAAGAGAGAACUAGAUCCUAGGCCGAUGUUCUGAAGGUAACUAAGCCCUAUCUAUGGCCAGGGAGUAGAUAGAUGGAUCUAAUGAUUCAUGGAGGGUGAAGAUACUAGAUCAACAAUUUUAAUGAUAGAGAAAAUGAGGCAAUGCUACAUAUUUUGUCAAAUUCUUGAGUACAUCAUAAGAAUACUGGAUGAUUCUUUGUGUGGUCGUCUUAACAAGCUGCUUGGGCCACUUGCAUGUGGUGGAAGAAUAAAAAGAUUGCCCGGUAAUUAGUAAAGAUUCGGCAAAGUUUGGGUACUUGCGACAUGUUUUCUUUGUUUAUGUUCAAGGGAUGAACGCGGAUCUCAAUUUUGUUUAUUGGUGAUGCUAAAUCAGGAUGACUUGGCAAAGGUUUUGCCGACAACGUGGGUGAUCCAGUGAGUAGGUCAUGAUAAUGAAUUUCAAACACCAAUGUUGUCCUUGUGUUCCAUCAACAAAUAACUGGAUGGCCUCUAUUUUUUGGCUACGCUGCGGGGCUAGAUGCAGUCGUUAUUUUCAGGAGAGGAACAAACUAGGCGAAGAAGUGGAUCUCGCCUAAGGGGCAUCUUGCCAAGAUUGACGCUGAUGGUGUGCUGUCAUGACAAUGAAGAUUGCAGUAUAACAAGUACAUGUUGCAGGGACAUGAAAGGAUAACUUUUGGGCUCAUCGGCACCCAUGGUCCAAUUGCUCGGACGCCGUCCUUAGUUCUUGAUCUUCGAUUCCGAGAUGUCCUUUGGACUAAUUUGAAGCUCUCACAGAUUUGAUGAAGAAGAAUGCCUCAAUCCUUAAUGAGAUUCUUAGUGAGUUUCUCUAGAAGAAAACUCACUUUCAGGAUGCCUGUUUCGGCUUUGGAGAGAGGGACUAAACACUAAAGCACAUGUUCUAUAGCGUAAGUUGCAUCCUUUUUGGAAGUCGGGGCUAUGUGUGGCUUCUUUCUACUCUUGAUAUCAUACGUAUGGAAUAAAAGUCUUGUUCUUGUAAA